AUGGUUACGGUUCGUACAUUACUUGUUGUUGUUGCAACACGAAAAUGGGGGCUUCAUCAAAUGGACGUGAAAAACGCUUUUCUUCAUGGUGAGUUACAAGAAGAGGUUUACAUGCAACCUCCUCCUGGAUUGAUUUACACAAAGCUUCAACAAUUCAGUUAUGUUCGUCUAGAAAAAGGAAUUCUCAUUUUUCUCUUAUAUGUUGACGACAUGGUUAUUACUGGCAGUGACCUACAAGUUUGCACGUCAUCCACUGGUUAUUUCAUAUCACAAGUCAAAUAUGCAUCUCAGUUUCUACAACAUGCGGGGCUUUCUGACAAUAAGGUAACUGACGCACCUCUUAAAUUGAAUGUAAAAUACAGUCCUACAGAUGAGACUCUAUUGUCUAAUCCAACAUUGUAUCGUCAACUAGUAGGGAGUCUAAAUUACUUGACUAUUACGAGACCAGACAUAAGUCAUGCAGUUCACAUAGUCAGUCAGUUUAUGUCUGCUCCAAGGUCUACUCAUUAUGCGGUUGUUCUCAGAAUUAUAAGAUAUAUCAAGGGGUCUCUGUAUCAAGGUAUGUGUUUCUCAUCCAAGUCUGAUCUCACUCUUCGAGCUUACUCUGAUUCUGAUUGGGCUGGGGAUGUUACAGACAGAAAAUCUAUUACAGGCUAUUGUGUGUUCUUGAGAGACUCUUUGAUUUCAUGGAGAAGUAAGAAGCAAAGUUCAAGUGCAGAAGCAGAGUGUCGAUCUCUUGCUCACACCACAUAUGAACUCAUUUGGUUAUGA